CUCGAUAUGGAUGUUGCUUUGAUACUGACAGGUGGCAAGGCGUGGGAGGAUUGGGUGCAAAAUCGAACCAUCACUGCCGUCAAGAAUUCAAUAACCUUGUCAUGGACAAUGUGGACCCGGUAUAGUUCUUUUUGUUCUCUAGAUCUUUUCGUUUGCCUGAUUACCUCCUGUCCUUUAUCUCCAAGUCCUGCCUUGCUCCUCUCUCCAAGCACAGUUUGAAUGUCCACAACACCCCGACAACACUACCGCGAACUUGACGAAUACGAGAGAUUUUGGUUGGCGUGCGAGCCUUGGCUGAAAGAAAAAGGAUAUUUGUUUCGUCCAAGAUAUCGACCAGGUUGGGUACCAUCGUGGAAUUUUAAUCCAGAAGACGAAUACAACUGGAUACGUGCUGAGGAUGCGCAAGUCCGAAAUACCGUCAGAUUUAUGGACGCAGAGCGAGUAAAGGACGGAGAUAUCGUCUACUUCAAGAGGUUGCAUUCCACAAGCACCCACGAAAUCGCAAUGAUUCGCCUCUUGGCUUCAGAACCUUUCGCCGCGGAUCCUCGCAACCACUGUGUGCCAUGUUACAGCAUAUUAAACGUACCGGACACCAUUGCCAAGGAUAACAUCCUUGUCGAGAUGCCCUUCUUAACUGAUUGGUUCUCCCCUGAAUUCGAGACAGUCGGCGAAGUCUUGGAAUUUUUCCGCCAGACGUUGGAGGGCUUGCAUCACAUGCAUAGUCACCACAUAGCACACAAUGAUAUCAAGGCCAACAAUAUACUCAUGGAUCAUAGUCCCCUUUAUGACGUUCCUCCCCAUCCUAUCAUGCCGAUAAAGUCUCGUGAUUGGAGUCGUCCUGUUGAGCCUUCCAAUCGAACAGAUCGUCCUGUCCAUUAUUAUAUUAUCGACUUCGACCUUUCGGUGCAGUACGGCCCCAAGGAUGGUCCUCAUCUUCGCGAACCAUGGUACGGCGGUGAUAGAAGUGUGCCAGAAUUUGAACGAGACGAGAUGUGCGAUCCUUUUGCCGUGGACGUAUAUCGUAUGGGGAAUAUAUUCAAGGGCUGUUUCACAGUUGGGGAUUGGGAUGAUGAUUUAUGGCCUCAACUCCGAGGACUCGAAUUCAUGAACGAACUUAUCAAUGAUAUGACAGAUCCAGACCCGAAAAAGAGACCCAAAAUGGACGAGGUAAUGGAGCGAUUCACGAAAAUUCGCAAAUCGUUGUCGUGGCAUCAACUUCGCGGCCCCGUGUGGAAGGCCAAGGAUCCAAUUCCUGCUGUUGGCUCGCGACCUUGGCUUUCUCAUUGGCGGAAACAGAUGCGUCGCAUCGUUCGCCACGUACCUGCUUUACCUACACCGAAACCCAUAGCGAGACCUAAGCUGUCACAGUGAUCGUGGUGCAGUUAGGUUGCACAACAAGUUGAUAUAUAGUCAACCUUGUUUGAUAAUAAUGUCUACAUAAUGGUCCAGUUUACCGGAAUAUUUUAACCUUGUCUUAAUCCCUAUGUGUCCCAGUGGAGAGGCAAUCAAGCGAGG